UCCUGCUUGCCGGCCUCGUAUAAUGUAUCAUUCAUUCUUACGUCAAAAAUUCAUUCAGUUUAGCGGCCGCUUUCUGAAUAAGAGAGUGUGUAUUUGGUCGUAACAGAGUGUUUACAUUAUUUAAAAAUAAACGAUAUAUUUUAAAAGAUACAAAAAAUAUUUAAAUUUAGUUUUAUUGUUCAGUGAAAUUGCAAGGAAUCGCUAACGGCACCAUGUAUUUCGGAGGCGUCGAAGGAGGCGCGACCCACUCAAACCUGGUGAUAUGUGACGAGCACGGCCAUGUCGUCGGCAAGGCCACCGGCCCAGGGACCAACCACUGGACUCUUGGGAUUGAGGAAUGUGCUCAAAGGAUCCUCAUGAUGGUGCGCGAUGCUAAAGAAGAUGCUGGCUUGCCUGUUGAUCAGCCUUUAGAUUCGCUGGGCCUGACACUAUCAGGGUGCGAGCAAGAGAGCAGUAACGCUGAGUUAGCUGCUAGCGUCAGAGAGAAAGAUCCCAACUGCGCUCGCGCUAUAUACGUGGCGUCGGACACAGCAGGUUCGCUGUUCACAGGAGCUCCUGACGGCGGCAUGGUGCUUAUUGCUGGUACGGGAUCGAACGCGCUGUUACGAACGCCUGACGGCGAGCAACACGGAUGCGGCGGAUGGGGGUAUCUGCUCGGAGACGAAGGGGGUGCAUACUGGAUAGCCCACAAGGCUGUUAAGAUGGUGAUAGACGACGUGGACGGGCUGCGUCUCUCUCCCCACCCGACCCACCGCGUGUGGGAGGUCAUCAAGGAACAUUUCAACGCGGACACCAGAGCGGAUCUCCUGCCGCAUGCUUAUAAGGACUUUAAUAAGUCGCAAUUUGCCGGUGUGACAUCAAAGCUGUCAGCACUAGCGUACCAAGGCGACGAGUUAUCUCGUCACAUAUUCGCGUCAGCGGGCGGUGCGCUCGCGUCGCACGCGGCAGCGCUGGCUCGUCGCUGCGCCGCGCCGCGCCUGCGCGUCGUGUGCGUCGGCUCCGUGUGGCGCAGCUGGGACGUACUCAAGCCGGGCAUGCUCAGCGAACUCGUUAGGUCUAAGGUAAAGACAGAGUUAGAGCUGGUCCGUUUAAGAGUGUCGAGUGCCAUGGGCGCUGCCUGGCUCGCUGCAAGGCAUAUAGGCUACGAGUUACCACGAGACGACUCCGCCUUCUGCCAGGUAUUCUACACCUACCAUCCAGAAGAGACGGUCAACGGUAAGAUGAUGAAUGGUAAACUGAACGGCAACAUUCAAAAUGGCGUCGAGAGCUGCGGCUGCGCUGCUGGCAUAGUAGGUUUUUUUAGUUUACGUGAAAAAUUAUACGCUGCUAGUGUUUACAACGAUUUAUCUGGAAGAAGGGAGAAAUAUAAUUUUAUUGCGGACGUUGUAGCGGUCUCGGCGCCUUCCGUGGUUUACAUAGAAAUAAAAGAUGGAAGACGAUUGGAUAUGUUUUCUGGAAAACCAAUAACACUCUCAAACGGCUCAGGAUUUAUAGUAAAGGAAGAUGGGUUAAUAUUGACGAACGCGCACGUUGUAGUCAACAAACCUAAUGCCAUUGUUAGUGUGAGAUUACAGGAUGGUUCAACGCACACAGGCUUAGUGGAGGAUGUAGAUGUUAAAUCUGAUUUGGCCACGCUCAGGAUACCAGUUAAUGGGCUUCCAACCAUGAAGCUUGGUUCGUCAGCAGACAUCAAGCCUGGCGAGUGGGUUGUAGCUAUGGGCAGUCCAUUGGCUUUGAGCAAUACAGUAACAGCUGGUGUGGUCAGUUCAACUCAAAGGGCGAGUAAAGAACUAGGAUUAAAAGAUAAAGACAUGGUGUACAUACAGACGGAUGCGCCAAUCACGUUCGGUAACAGCGGCGGGCCCCUCGUCAACUUAGACGGAGAGGCGAUCGGCAUAAAUAGCAUGAAAGUUACCUCGGGCAUAUCCUUCGCUAUACCCAUAGAUUAUGUCAAGGAGUUUUUGUCGAAGAGGAAAGUAAAAUCGCCGCAAGUAUCAAAGAGGUAUCUUGGAAUCACAAUGUUGUCGCUGACGCCAAACAUACUCAUGGAGUUGCGAAUGAGAAAUCCUGAGAUGCCAACGGAUAUAGAAAAUGGUAUACUCGUUUGGAAAGUCAUCAUUGGUUCUCCAGCUUACAACGGAGGACUUCAGCCAGGUGACAUAGUAACAAAAAUCAACGGUAAAUCUGUCUAUAGUGCUACUGACAUUUACACUAGCUUAGAAAACACCACUGGAACGUUACGCAUCGACAUCGUCAGGGGUCGGCAGAAACUUACGUUGUCCAUUACACCGGAACUGCACUAAUAUAAAAUUGUUGAGAAUGGUGACACAAUCAGAAGGCAGUUUUGGUGCAAAAUUUAUCGACUAAUUGAUAUAAUCAAUUUUGAAAUAUUAUUUUGUGUUAGUCUAUUGACAGAUUAAUAUUGGGUUCGUUGCGUUUGAAAUUAUUUUAUGGGAUUUAUUUCGUAUGAAAUAUGUAAUUUAUCCCAAAUUGGAUUUUUACUUGGAGUGUUGAUAUCUUAUUUUAUAGUACAGUUAUACCUGCCUUAAAACAGAAGUCGCAAAAGUGACGUCUUCAAAGAAAAUGAGGCAAAAUAAUAUUAUCAAUGUUACAAAUGUGACUGAAUAGACAAUACUAAUAGACAUGUGACGAUUGUGACGUCAUAAUAUUGUAAAUAAAGUGUUUUUUGAUCGUGUCGCUGUUCACAAAGUAAUAAUGAAGUUUUUUAUAUGAUUCAAAUGAAUUAUUAUAGGUCAAGUUUAUUUUUAUGUAUUGAGUUUUAUUAAAUAUUUUUUUCUGUUU